UUGACCAGGUUUAUUUCAUAUGGGUGGGGUCUAACUGGUGCCAAGCUGGUUGUGAAGGUGUGCGAUCUGGUGCCGUCGCCCCACGCCGCUAUCACCAUGGCGGCCGGAGUGGCAGCGUGGCUCCCGUUCGCGCGGGCGGCCGCUAUCGGCUGGAUGCCCGUGGCCAACCUGCCCAUGCCGCCCGUUGCCCCCGGCGACAAGGCCAAGCGGCGGGACGAGCUGAUCGUGCUGAACGUGAGCGGCCGUCGUUUCCAGACGUGGCGCGACACUCUCGACCGCUACCCGGACACGCUCCUGGGCUCCUCGGAGAAGGAGUUCUUCUACGUCGAGGAGACGCGCGAGUACUUCUUCGACCGCGACCCCGACCUCUUCCGCUCCGUCCUCAACUUCUACCGCACGGGGAAACUGCACUACCCGCGCUACGAGUGCAUCCUGGCCUACGAGGAGGAGCUGGCCUUCUUCGGCAUCAUCCCCGAGAUCAUCAGCGACUGCUGCUACGAGGAGUACAAGGACCGGCGGCGCGAGAACGCCGAACGCUUGAUGGACGACCAGGAGGACAACAAGGACGCCAAGCUGCCCAACAUGACGUUCCGCGAGACCAUGUGGCGGGCCUUCGAGAACCCGCACACCAGCACCAUGGCGCUGGUGUUCUACUACGUCACGGGGUUCUUCAUCGCCAUCUCCGUCGUCACCAACGUGGUGGAGACGGUUCCGUGCGCGACCUCGGGUCCGGCGCGGGACAUCCCGUGCGGGGAGCGCUUCACGGAGGCGUUCUUCUGCAUGGACACGGCCUGCGUGAUGAUCUUCACGGUCGAGUACCUGAUGCGGCUGUUCGCCGCGCCGAGCCGGUAUCGUUUCGUGCGCUCGGUGAUGAGCAUCAUCGACGUGGUGGCCAUCUUGCCGUACUACAUCGGCCUGGUGAUGACGGACAACGAGGACGUGAGCGGCGCCUUCGUCACGCUGCGGGUCUUCCGCGUCUUCCGCAUCUUCAAGUUCUCGCGCCACUCGCAGGGCCUGCGUAUCCUGGGCUACACGCUGAAGAGCUGCGCCUCGGAGCUGGGCUUCCUGCUCUUCUCCCUCACCAUGGCCAUCAUCAUCUUCGCCACCGUCAUGUUCUACGCCGAGAAGGGCUCCUCCUCCAGCAAGUUCACCAGCAUCCCUGCCUCCUUCUGGUACACCAUCGUCACCAUGACGACGCUCGGCUAUGGCGACAUGGUUCCCAAGACGAUAGCGGGCAAGAUCUUCGGCUCGAUCUGCUCUCUGAGUGGCGUGCUGGUGAUCGCGCUGCCCGUGCCCGUCAUCGUCUCCAACUUCAGCCGCAUCUACCACCAGAACCAGCGCGCCGACAAGCGCAAGGCCCAGAAGAUGCAGAAAGCCAGGCUGGCGCGUAUGAGGCUAUCGAAGGCAGGCAGCUCCAGUGCCUUCAUGCACAGCAAACGCAACGGCCUCCUCAGUGAACCCUUGGAGAUCACGGGGUCAUUGGACGAGGACCAGCAUAGUACUAAAUCGUCGACCCUAAUAGAAAGCCAACACCACCACCUACUGCACUGUCUUGAGAAGACCACGAAUCAUGAGUUUGUGGAUGAGCAGUUCUACGAGCAGACGUAUCUGGAGAGCGCUCUGCACAACUACCCGUCCCGCAGUCCAUCCGUGUCCAGCCAGGGCCUGACCGGAACCUGCUGCACGCGCCGGCCCAAACGGGUCACGCAGCUGACCAACGCCACGUCCACCGCCACACACACACACGCACACACACACUCGCCGCACGGACACACACACGCCAACACCAACGCAGGCCUGCAGGAGCUCAGCGCCAUACACAUCCAGUGUACAGACCAGCCCCUCAGCACAAGUCGCUCCAGUCUGAACAUGCGCACAGAGGACCAGCAGUCCCGCCUCAACUGCCAGGGCGGCCACAUCACCACGGCGAUCAUCACCAUCCCAACGCCCCCGGCAACCACGCCCGACGGUGACGGCCAUGCCCCCACCCCCCCUGUGUCGUCGCCCAACGUCGUCAAGGUGUCGGCCCUGUGAGGGGUGUGGCCAGAGAGGGAGGGGAGGAGCCAGAACAGGAAGUGAGGCGGAGCCUCUUACUUGAUUGACUGAUGAGUCGCCCCGCCCACUGUUGGCUAGAAUUCAGAACUGUGUUGAAACUGUGGCCAGCAGAGGUCCACUCUAAAGUGUGUGACGGCGUGGUUUGGGGAGGAGUGGGGGAGUGGUGUGUGUG